AUGGAGCGUCAAACAAAUCAUCAAUUCGAUCCAUUCCAUCCAAAGUACGAUGAUUCCGAUGGUGACGAUGCCGAUCUUGGUAAUAUUGAUUGGGACGACCCAGCCAGCUUUAUGGCAGCCAUGGGCGGGCCUAUUCCAACCUCUCUCUCUCCCGCUGCGGUCCGUCGAGAGGCAACACAAAGGUUAAGAAACCUUUUUUCCAGUUACGAAAUUUUGGUUAAGAUACUCGCGCGUCACGAAGAGACCAUUCAAAAGCGAUGGACCAAGAAGACCCGACAACAGAGACUUCGGAUUCUCCUCAAAGCCUGGCCAGAUAUGCCAACCUCGCACCGCCCUGAUUUCGAGGCUUUCACCAAAGAGUCACCAGAGCAGCGAGAAAGAGGCACUCAGCAUGCUGAUAGUUUUAUGUGGCCCUACAUCAAUCAGGAAGAUCUUUCACAGACAAGACUACUACUAUUGUUACUCAACGCUAGAGGUCAUAACCCUCCCUCCGCUUUCGCCGGCGCCGACAACGACGCAAUGCACCUAGGCAAGGUGUCCAGAGCCAUAGUUCCGAUAUUUCUCAAUGAACACAUCAUGGUCCUCAACGGUGCGGACUCCGCAGAAGAAUACGGCAAGCUAUUGGCAUGGGAGGAUCAUGAGGAUGCCUUCGAGUGGAUGCAUACCCGAAAGCAAUAUAUUCCGGGUGAGGGUCUCGUAGUUUUACAGGCCCAAGAACGACUCUUGGGGUUUCUUGUCGAGUGCUGCCAGGAGCUGCUCCACGAUAUCCCGGCUGAUAUCAUGACGAGCGACUCAUUUCCCAUUCAACCAGCGCCGCCAAUGAAGUCAGAAAGCGAGUCGCUUAGGUUUGAGUCCCUAGCAGUAAUAGCGGCAGAAGCACCAUACCGGCUUCCGGCACAGCUCGACCUUAGCCGAAUUGAAUCGCUUCUUGGGGCCAGAGCGUCAGCUGCAGAGGAUCAUCUGUGGACUCUCCGGGAAGAUCCGUCAUACUUCGCUCAGCAGCUUCUGGAGACGAGGGACCAUCGACAAGAGAUGAUGAAGGAUACCUUGGGCCACCCCCACCCUACUACCAGAAGAAAUUGUGACACCAUCCUUUGGGCACGCGUCAUCGGAAAUGUCCUCACAGAUGCUUAUCUGGCACUUGAACUCUUCUCUGAACUGCAUCGACAGACACGAGAACUACAAUUGCUUCAGCAAAAGUAUGCGACGACAAUAUCUCCCUCAAAAGACUUGCCAAAGGAUUAUCUACUUGCCCUGCUCAAGUUCCGCUACUACCUCAACCAGGGUGCAAAGGGGCCUCUCAAUCUCCUGAAAGUCGUCGUCGUAGCCUCGCCGCCGAUGCGCAAGUUCUACGUGCGCGAACCUAGCGAUGACAUCAAUUCGACAAAAAUUGCAAUCAAAUCCAAGCCCGGGCAAAAGAUGACUAAAGUCGAGGGUCGCCUUAUCUGGCUCCUUCGUACAUUGUGGGAAGAUGAUAAAGACCUCUUCUUCGCCGGCCUGCCGUUGGUAGUAGACGAGCUAGAGCGACUGCUUCGAGCAGAGCCACCAGCGCAAGAGCUUGUGUCUGGCUACGUCAUGCGAGUGAUUGGUGACAUUUCCAUCAUCGCUCAAUGCUUGAGGCAACUGAACCUCUAUCAGCCAUGGGCUCAAAACUUUGAAAACGCCGCUGUAGACUGGGAGGAUGAUAUUGAGAACAGCUUUACCCAGGCAACCAAGCCCUGGGGACAGAUCCUUGCUGCGCUAAGGGAACAAAAUCUGAUCAUCGUCGCGAAAUUGGGUGAGCCGUCUCCAGGGAAGUUCACUUAUCCCAUUAGCAAGCGCCGAACGAGGGAAAAUGUGGACGCCCUGCGACUAGCCGAGCUCAAUCUAGACAAGGUCUGGAUCCAAGCUGAUCGAGUCAUGUAUGCUGCUGAAAUCAACUUGGACGGCUCAUCCAUCCAACGCCUCCUUUCACAGCCCCGCAUGUUGCGGAGAACCCCAGAGUGGAUUGAACCGACAGUGAAGGUCAAAGAGGAACAAGUCUCAGAUCCCGAUUCAGAUGCGCUGAUUGAGCCAUUCUCUACUCUGUUUUCCGGUCUUUCACAGGUCAGUGCUGGAAAAAUCACGAGGAGUCACCUCUCUCCUCCCAUUGAGCCUAAAGUGAAAGUAAAGACAAGAGGAACGACAUCCAAACCACAGAUCGAUUCCACUGAAGCUUCGACAACGACUGGACAUAGCCCUGGCGACACCCAAAGCAGCUUCCCGGUUGACUCCCGUGCACUAAAGGUUUUUCGUACCCUCUUUUUCAACCCGACGAUGACAUCAACGCCUGCUGAAGUCCCAUGGAAAGAUUUUCUUCACGCGAUGAUCUCGGCCGGUUUCAAGGUUGAGAAGUUAUAUGGGUCUGUUUGGCAGUUCUCCCCGACGAAUUUAGAUGUUGAGCGAAGUAUUCACUUCCAUGAACCCCAUCCUAAGGGAAAGUUGGCCUUUGAGGUUGCAAGACGGUAUGGACGGAGGCUUGGCCGGGCGUAUGGAUGGUUUGGGGGCAUGUUCGUCUUGAAAGAAAAAUAG